CCAGAGCCCGGUAAAAGUAGCUGAUUGGCUGCUGUUCUCACAGCCAAAAACACAACAGAAAUUAUUCUAGCUACGAAGUGAAGUACAGACAGAAUCAUGAGUCUCAGAAAGCAGACCCCCAGUGACUUUCUGAAGCAGAUCAUUGGCAGACCAGUUGUGGUCAAGCUCAACUCUGGAGUGGAUUACAGAGGUGUCCUAGCCUGUCUGGAUGGCUAUAUGAACAUUGCAGUGGAGCAGACAGAGGAGUAUGUCAAUGGCCAGCUGAAGAACAAGUAUGGUGACGCCUUCCUGAGAGGAAACAAUGUGUUAUACAUCAGCACCCAGAAGAGGAAGAUGUGAUGCAGAGGAUUUGUCCCUUUUUUUUUUUUAUCCCUGACGUUGUUCCAGUUGAUUAUGUUAUAUGAGAACAUUGUUGUUCAUAUUGUUUAAUGUCUCUGGCAUGAAGAGUGUUUCGUUUUUUGUAAAAAGGAUAACAAUCCAAUAAAUGUUUUUUGGAAGUUUAA